UGAAAUUGAAAUUAUAAAUUCGAUAAAAUGAUAAAACCGAUGAAGUGAUAAAACUGAUUAAUUGAUAAAACCGAUGGCCCUCACAGUGCCCCACACUGAAGUUCAGAAUAUUUCAACGUUAAAUUUUGCAUUUAAGUUAAUGCCACCCCACAAUUAUAUCUCAAUAUUUAAAGAAAAAAAAACCUCCAUGGCCGAUUAGCUUCCAGUAAACCAAACCCUUUAAAAUCAUUGCUGCUCAGCAUCACAAGCGCAGCACUAAACCCAGCUGCCCAAACACCUCUACUUCAAAAGUUGUGCAAAUUACCAACAAAAUAAUCACCCCCCGCUCGUGUGAGCCGAUCCCCAGCACCAGCAGCUCUCCAAAUUUCCACUGAUCCCCUAGAAACGCAGGCAGGUGCAGGGAGUUGCUGUCCCUGCUGGCCCUGAAGCUGUGGGGCUGUGGGGCCGCGGCUCCUGGCGCCGGUCGUGUCGCAGUCUCUAAUCUCUGCUGUUGCAUGUCCUGGGCAGGCAAGCGUGGGCGACGCAGCAGUGCAGGAUCGCUAGACAGCAAUAUGGAAGGGUCCAUCAUUAGCAGUCCUCACAUGCGCCGAAGAGCUACAUCAACCCGAGAGUGUCCAUCUCGCCCUCACCAGACUAUGCCCAACUCCUCCUCACUCCUAGGGUCCCUGUUCGGUAGCAAGAGGGGCAAGCCCCCCUCGCAGAGCCACGCGGCCGCGCAGACCCCGCACCACGCGGAGGGCGCGGCCGCCGCGCCGCACCCGCACCACGCGCAGUUCUGCCACCAGAACCCGCCGCCCUACCACCACCACUACCACUACCACCCGCCCCUGCACCCGCACCCGCACCCGCACCAGUACCACCAGCACGGGCACGGCCACGGGCACGGCCCCUACCUGCCGCACGCCCCGCACCACGGCCCGCACCACGGCCCGCACCACCACGGGCCGCCCCCGCCGCCCGCCGCCGCCAGCACCAAGCCCAAACACAGCGGCAUCAGCACCAUAGUCUAGGCCUAA